AUGAAAUGGGGACAAAUCUGUGUUGAUUCAGCAAUAUGGAUCAUUCGUCAAUACGGUAGCGAGCUUGCACAAGAUGUAUCGAGUAUAUGUUCAUCAGCAGUGUUUACGUGCGAAAAUGGUCAUAUUGUAACUGUUCAAUUGUCAAUGACAACUACUACAUUUAAUAUAAAUGGAACUGGUGCUCCUGACCCAUCUUUGACAGCUAUCGAUUUCCCUGAAUGUCUUUUAUUAGAUGUUCAACCAUUCCCCAAUGCCAAGUAUGUCGGUGAUCCAAACCAAUCAAUUCUUGAUAAAUUAACAAAUCUUCCAAAAGUAACUUCUAUAUUAAUUCAUGACCUAGUAUCACCAAGUAUACCAGUAGGUUUUUUAAAGAACUUCCCUGUACUGACAUCCAUUACAUUAACCCUAUUCAACAUGACAGUAUUCAAUGAACAGUCAUUUGAAAUAGCAACCAAUUCAAUCGCAUCUGCCUAUCUCCAAUUCAACAUUUUGAAAAAGUAUCCUACCUUUACCAAUACUUCCACAUCAUUGAUGUGGAGGCAAUUGAGGUUUUUCUCAUUCCUUACCAAUUCUACUGCAGCCGAUGAACCCAUUUCACUCGUCUUUCCACAAUCUGUAUUCCCAUACUUGGAAAUCCUUCAAAUUGGGUCAUACGCAGAUGGAUUAGUUUCAGUUACUGCAAGUGUUGAAUAUAUGUUUUUCUUUGGAUAUUUAGCCAAUGGAUUUAAUGUUACUGUUCCAAACCCAGACAUUGUUGAAUACAUGACAUUAAAUGGUAUUUCUACAGUUUCACCUCCAUUACACCUUUUUACAAAUUUAUUGACUUUGGAAACUAGUCAUGCAAAUACUACUACUUACCCUUUUUCAACAUUCCCUCCAAAGUUACAAAAAUUUAUCAAAUAUGACACAGCGAUUACAACACUUCCAUAUUCUCCAUUGCCAACAACUACAUUUAAAUCUUGGGAAUAUCGUUCGCUGGGCAAGGAUGUCGUAAUCCCAUGGGAAGCAUUGGCACCUGAUAACACAUCAAGAUUACUCGAUGUCCAAUUCAACCCUCAACUUUCUGGAUCGGUUCCAGAUAGUUUUUGUGUCAACAAACUCUAUAUAUCAUCAACCAAUAUAUCUAGUGUUCCAGAUUGUUUUUGGUGCUAUCGAAAUGAUUCAACUGUUUUCCGAACCACUUUGCCGCUCCCCCCUGGAUUUACAUGUCAACCAUCAAUUGAUAAUAGUACUAUUUACACUAAAGGUUUCCGUGGUUUAAUCAUAGGCUCUAAUCUAGGGUGGGGGAAUACUGCUUCUCACCCAACUCAAGGAAAUUAUACUCUUACUCCUAUAGUCCCACAUAAAAUAUUAGAAUUAUAUUAUAAAACCGAUGGAACUCAAAUCAAUACUGUUAUUACAUUAAAUGAAUUUCAAUCUUAUUCAUUUCCUUUAACAAUUUUAGAGGUUGGAAUUAUAUUGUCAAAGGUCAAUGUCACUCAACUACCAAAUCAUAUCUUGGAGUUUACUUGGGUUUUUCCAUUUAUCAAUACCAAGCUUAUUCACAAUUUCAAACCACUGUCGGAUUCAUUGAUUGGAAUUUGUGACAUUUAUUCAGCUCAGCUCAACUUAUCUUCCAUUCAAGCCAUAUAUACUUGUCUAAUAGCGUUAAAUCAAUCGUUUACAACUGUUGGUACAUCAUUCAAGUUUGAAAUAUCAAAUGAUUAUAAUAAGGAAACUUACACUGUUCCUUUUAAAUAUUAUCCUCGAUUAUUAUCAGGACAAGUUGAUUCGAAUAAUCAAAGUUUGAUUUAUUUGUUUGGUGAUUUUGGUCAAAAUCAUUCUUUAGCAAACAUUACAAUUAAUCAUAAAACAUCUUGUAGUGUUGUAUCAUCAACUAUCGAUGCAAUUAACUGUACAUUGUCAGAGAAUUCAAGAGCAAUUUUUGGUCUUGCUAAUGUUAGUAUCACGGUCGAUGGAUAUCCAUUUGAAGCAAACAACUUUUUAUUUUUUAAAAAUAAUAAUAAUAAUAAUAAUGGUUCAACAACUACUGGAUCAACAACAAGCAGUUCAACAACAGGAGGAGGAACAACACCACAAACACAAUGUCAAGAAUCAACAUCAAAUUGUUUUGGACAUGGAUCUUGUGAUGUUAAUGGUCGUUGUCAAUGUGAUAGUGGUUAUAAUCCAAUUGAUAAUUGUUUGACUAAAUUCACCAACUCUACACCUAUUACAAAUACAACAGCACCAACAUCAUCAUUUAAGGUCAAUGGAACAAGAUUUGAUUUUGAAUUGGUUGCUAUUCAAGAAAUUGAUAAUGAUGGGAAUGUAGUUGGAGAAUUGAUGACAAACAGUUGGAAUGCAACUAUCAACAAUGAUACUACAACAACUCUUGUCAACUAUCAACUUGUCAAUAUUAGUAAUGCACUGUACAUUGAUACUAUAGUUCAAGCAAUGAUAUCAUUCUCAACACAACCAAGAGAUAUUCAAUUUGGAGAUCAACUACUUCACAUCAAUCCAAAUUCAAUCAAACUGGCAUUGAAUAUCACCAACUGGCAAUAUAGCAAUCUUAUAUCAACACUUCGAGUUGUAUUUAGAACCGAUGUCAAUAUGAACCAAACGAUUGAAUAUGAUUGCAAACAACAAUCGAUAUCAACAUUCUCAUACGAUCAACUAUCAUCAACCAUUCAAUACCUCAGAGUAAUCAAAGAUAAUAUCCAAUACAACGGUCGAUUCAUCGAUUAUGUAUUAUCAGAUGGAAGACCAACAUUCUCCAAAACAACAUUGAUCAACCAAACAACCAGUCAAUCAUCAUCAACACCAACAACGACAAUCAUGUCAACAUUGAUUGGAGUAUCACUACCUCAAUGUCAAUCAUGUUUACUUGACCCAGAUUUCACACCACUUUUAAUCGAUAAAUCCGAAAGUGAUUGUGAUUCAACCAACAGUAAAACAUGGAAGAUUAUUGUUGGAGUUGUCGUUGGUGGAUUCGCUGCCAUUGCCAUCACUGUUGGUGCUGUAAUGUUAUUGAAAAAGAAUAGAACUGUGAACCGCCAAAACAAAAAAAUGAACAACAAAUUGCAGAAUAUGGAAAUUGAUUCUAUUGUUUGGAUCAUUCGACAAUAUGGUAGUAACAUUGGACAAGAUGCAGCGAGUAUAUGUGCAGCAAUUGGAGCUUUCACAUGCGCAAAUGGUCAUAUAACAGGAGUUAACUUUGGUUCACAGUCGUCUGCUUUUACAGCUACAGCUGGUAUACCUAAUGCAUUGUUACCUUCAAUCAAUCUACCAGAGUGCAUUCAAUUCGCUCUCAGACCUAUCGUUGAAACAUUCAGAGGUGAUCCUAAUCAAUCGAUUCUCGAUAAACUAACUGGUUUACCUAAAGUAGGAAAUCUCAUUAUGACAGAAGACUCAAUACCAAACAUUCCAAUUGGAUUUCUCAAACCUUUUACAUCAUUGGUUGAACUAAAUUUGAAUCUUGGCAAUGUUACAUCGUUGCAAGAGAGUUCAUUUGAAGUGAGCCCAAACCCUACAAUUACACGUGUCUACUUUAAAUUCUAUGCAUUGAAAAGUUAUCCGCCGUUUAGUAACAGUUCAACGACACUGCUAUGGAAUUCAGUGCAGGAACUUACUAUUAGAAUCAACGAAUCAAAUGCGAUUGCUCCUAUUUCACUCGAGUUUUCAUCGACCAUUUUCCCAAAUCUACAACUAUUGAUGUUGCAAAGUGCUAAUACUGCAACGAUUAAAGUUAAAGCAAACUUUCCCAAAAUGGGUAUCUUGGGAUCGAGCGAAUAUGGAUUCGAUUUGACUGCUCCUAAUCCUCAAGUAUUACAAGAAUUAACUUUAAAUGGUAAAUCAACAAUCUCACCUCCUUUGGGUGGCCUAUAUACAGGUUUGAUAAAAUUGGGCGUUGAUCUUUUACAGAGUGAGGGUUAUCCAUUCACUGAAGUGUUUCCACCAAACUUGGCUUUAUUUACUAAAUCAUUUACAAACACAUCAACAACUCUUCCAACAUUUCCACUACCAACCCCAAACUUUAAGGCGUGGAGAUAUUAUUACUUGUACCCGUCAAUGGUAAUUCCAUGGGAAGGAUUGACACCAGACUCCACAUCGAGAUUCCUUGAUGUCUCUGGUAAUACAGGACUUACCGGUUCAGUUCCAGAUAGUUUCUGUAUCAACAGACUCGAUAUCACUAAUACUGCUAUCACUAGUAUUCCAAGUUGUUAUUGGUGUUAUCAUAAUGAUACAACUGUUAUAAAAACUAGUUUGGCCAUGCCCCCUGGAUUUACAUGUCAACCGACAUUUGAUCAAACCAUUCUUUAUACAAAGGGGUUCCGAGCCAACCUGACUGGCACUUUACUAGGAUAUGGGAAUACUGCUUCUCACCCAACCCAAGGAAAUUAUACUCUUACUCCUGUACUCCCACAUAUAAUUUUAACCUUCAAUUCAUUAAAUUCCUUUUUGUUAAUCGAUUAUUAUAGAUUAUAUUAUCAAACAAAUGGACAACAACAAAAUGUUAGAAUUUUAUUGAAUGAACUAUCAUCCUAUUCAGUGGAUCUGACACUUUUAGAAGUUGGCAUUAUUUUAACAUCGGUCAAUGCUACACAACAAUUAAACCAAAAAGUAUGGUUCACCUGGACGUUUUUAUUCUACAAUAAAAAUCUUCAACACCAAUUCAAAUUACUUCCAGCUUUGGAUGGCCGUAAUUGUACGAUAGUACUGAUACAAUACAACUUUGGCACUGGAAGUUCAAUAGUUAGUUGUGAAUUGGAUAUGAGCAAAUUAAUAACUACCAUCUAUACAUUCUCGGUAUCAAAUGCUUAUAAUCAAGAAACCUUCACCGUUCCUUUUAAAUAUUAUCCUCGAUUAUUAUCAGGACAAGUUGAUCAGAAUAAUCAAAGAUUAGUUUAUUUGUUUGGUGAUUUUAGACAAAAUCAUUCAUCAGCAAAUAUUACUGUUAAUGAUAAAAUAUCAUGUAGUGUUGUAUCAUCAGCUGUUGAUGCAAUUAAUUGUACAUUAUCAGGGAGUGCUAGUUAUGGUCCUGCCAAUGUUAGUAUCGUAGUUGAUGGAUAUCCAUUUGAAGCAAACAACUUUUUAUUUUUUAAAAAUAAUAAUAAUGGUUCAACUACUACAACUACUGGAUCAACAACUACAAGUGGAGGAGGAACAACACCACAAACACAAUGUCAAGAAUCAACAUCAAAUUGUUUUGGACAUGGAUCUUGUGAUGUUAGUGGUCAUUGUCAAUGUGAUAGUGGUUAUAAUCCAAUCGAUAAUUGUUUGACUAAAUAUACCAACUCAACACCUAUUGCAAAUACAACAGCACCAACAUCAUCAUUUGAGGUCAAUGGAACAAGAUUUGAUUUUGAAUUGGUUGCUAUUCAAGAAAUUGAUAAUGAAGGUAUUGUCAUUGCAGAGUUACUGACAAACAGUUGGAAUGCAACUAUCAACAAUGAUACUACAACAACUCUUGUCACCUAUCAACUUGUCAAUAUUAGUAAUGCACUAUACAUUGAUACGAUAGUUCAAGCAAUGAUAUCAUUCUCAACACAACCAAGAGAUAUCCAAUUUGGAGAUCAACUACUUCACAUCAACCCAAACUCAAUCAAACUAGCAUUGAAUAUCACCAAUUGGCAAUACAAUAAUCUAAUAUCAACACUUCGAGUUGUAUUUAGAACCGAUGUCAAUAUGAACCAAACGAUUGAAUAUGACUGCAAACAACAACCGAUAUCAACAUUUUCAUACGAUCAACUAUCAUCAACCAUCCAAUAUCUCAGAGUAAUCAAAGAUAAUAUCCAAUACAACGGUCGAUUCAUUGAUUAUGUAUUAUCAGAUGGAAGACCAACAUUCUCCAAAACAACACUGAUCAACCAAACAACCAGUCAAUCAUCACCAUCACCAACAACAAUCAUGUCAACAUUGAUUGGAGUAUCAUUACCUCAAUGUCAAUCAUGUUUACUCGACCCAGAUUUCACACCACUUUUAAUCGACAACUCUCAAAGUGAUUGUGAUUCAACCAACAGUAAAACAUGGAAGAUUAUUGUUGGUGUUGUUGUUGGUGGAUUUGUCGCUCUUGCCAUUGCCACCGGCACUGUAAUAUAUAUUAAAAAGAAGAAAACUAGUUCCCACCAAAACAAAAAAAUGCAGAACAAAUUAAAGAAUAUGUCCUAG